AUGGGUACGAGUCGGUGGAGUGUGAGCUGGGCUCGGGUGAAAGCGGGCGGUCGUUCAGUCGUCCAGAGCCCGCAUCUACCCGAGCACAGCCCUGUAUCGGCGGGGGUAGUAGGGAGACGCGGGCGCCUUGACAGCGCAGUGCCGUUAAUUCCUGAGCGCUGCCGCGGCCGAUUGACAACGCGCUCGGAAUUUAUCGACGCGCACACUCGCCGACGCUGGCCCUUAGUGAUGGGACACGGUAGGCAUAACAAAAUUACAUGA